AUGAAUCAGGUAAUGCAGUUUGUUGAGCCAAGUCGGCAGUUUAUAAAGGACUCAACUCAGCUGGUUAAAAGAUGUACCAAUCCCAACAGAAAAAAAUUCCCGACGGUCACCACGGCAGACGAGAUCGGAUUUGCUAUCAUGGGACUCACUGGCUUCUCUGUGAAACUCAUCCCUAUCCCUGUUAGUAACAUUCUUGUGGAUGGCUGA